AAACCCCAUUUUCCUGCAGAGCCCUCUUUUCUUCAGUAAACUACAAUUCUACUUGUAUGUUGGUACACUGUGUUAACCCCUGGAUAGUGGCUAUAUAACACAGGCGGGUGUUCUCUUAACUUUCCCACAUAUUUUGUUUCGAUCUCCUAGUUUGCUUUCAUAUUAUUUUCUUUUGUUGGACCCCGAUUCGCGUCCAUUAGACGUCAGAAGAAUAACCACAUCGAUUUUGUGCACAUGGGGAUACUAUUUGUGUCACCCCGACGUGAAGUUGAGCCUUUGCAUGGUAGUGGGGAGGGGGGGGGAUAAAUUGGGCUGACAUUUUUUUACGGCAGUUAAAAAUCAUUAAUGUGCGAACGGAUAAUUCUGAUGCAAUCGCUUUUAUUUAUUAGUAACCCUAAAACUACUAACAUUAUAUUGUGGACACUCAAGUUAACUUAUGAUCGAUAUUACUAGGUUACCAAGUUUAAUAUUCAUAUUUUGAAGUUAAACGUUUACGGUCAACCGCCGAUCACAAUUUUGUAACCAUUUCCCAUAACUUUAAUAAUAUCAAAUGUUAUUUAAUAUCCCUAAUAUUUGUUGAAUAUUUAUGAUAAACCCAAAGUAACCUUUCAUGAUAAACCUAACCAAACUACCUAUUUAGCGAGUUGGAUGUUCACUCUCAUAAAUGUUACAUCUCAAUUCUGAAGAUAAUAGUGUCAGUUUACUUUCUAACAAAACCCAUUUGACUCUCAUGUUCCCAGGCCAGAACAUGGAGCAACUCGAACAAGUUAUAAGGGUUAACGAGGGAGAAGAGUCACCCAAUUCUACCCCCACCACUCCCGUUUCUGCUUCUAAGAAACGUCUCCCUUCAGCCGAAUCAGACAAAGCCCAGAAGAAAGUCAAAGAAAACGAGACAGAAGCAGCCAAAGAAGAAGAAGAGGACUGCGUGCCGGACAUUGAUACAGACGACUUCAUAGCAUGUCUCCUCCUAUGUGCCGUACUGGACCCCACCUCCCCCAAGAUCAGACGACGCCGUGAGUUCUGGAGACAGAACCGACCCGCCAACAGCUUAAAACUUGACUCAAAGUACCUGUCAAUCGGAGUUAACCCUACCUUAUCACAAGCCUCCAACUCGCUGGUAUCCAACGCCCUCGCCGUCAACGCCUUCUCGACCGGCUCCCUCGCCUCCACUGCCUUGAAAAAGAGCCUUGAGAGGAUUAGCGAAAAUGUUUCCAUGUCCAUGACGAACAGAAACGCUCUGAACUUACCACAAAGCUUCAGGAAUGCCGCUUCCUCUAAGGGGUGCAAGAACUAUUCCCAAGCUAUUGGAGGACUAAGGUUAUCGGCUGUCAGCCCACGGGUAGCGGAUUUGCCCUGGAUGACCCAGUCCAAUCUCCUGAACUCUCACGGCACACUGACCUCUUCCCUUUCAGCAGACCUGUCUACGAUAAACCCUAACUACCACGGUCUGAACCACCAGUACCUUGCAGCUCCUUGGCACUCACCCAACACUUCCACAUCCUCCUUCUACCCCUCAGCCCUCACUGCCUCGGUCGCUAGCGAAAUGUCUGGCCUCGGAUCACUCCCCUACAGUUCCGCAGCAUGUGAGUUAGGCGAUGCAAAAUCUCGCGGCAAUAACCAAUUUGCCGGGAUACGUGGGCGGGCUAAACCCGGAACAACAGUUCCGUUUUGCACAGGCUACGGGAGCGGCGGCGGCGGCGGCGGGGCAAACAGCGGCCUCAUCUCUCAUAUCGGACAACACGGGCUCAAACCUGGGGGGGAUCUGGCCGGGCAUCCAGCAAUCACCGGUCAAUAUGGUACCCUUCCAAAUACCCAGUAUUAAGCUGGAGUCCUCCCUCAGUUGAAGGUAACCUGGAGUGCUGGCCUGACACGCACCUACAACUGUGUAGCUUGUUGACGCCCAGCGAGUGAUGUCCUGUCUCGCGCCCUGCACGUGCCGUGUUCACUCACGCACGUGCACGGAAGUGCGUCUCGGUAUAUUCGCACGCGAACUGACACUGUUCUGUCGCUGGUCCUGUGCCCCUCCUCGGGGCUCAGGAGAAUGAUUUUUAAGUUUACCGUGUAAAGCUUGUACUAACUCACGAGUUAACCAGCCUUCAACUUGGGAGUCGCAGACAAUCUUUUGAUCUUACUCAUGUACUCAGAAAUUACAGGGCUAUAUUGAGAUAUAUCAUCAGCCCCUGCAAUCCUCUGUCUCAGGGGAUCCAAGAUUUUUGCAUGUACUAUCUUCGACUCCUACCAGUUGACAGUGCUCCGCAAUGAUACACGUCUAUAUAUUUAUUGGUUAUAUCUAUAAAUAUGUUCAUACGGUGUACGAAUUGUCGGCCCCCCUAACUCCGAUAUAGCCAUGAUAAUUGUAUAGGCACAAUUUGUUAAGAUGGCGGCCCGAGAGACAGUAUUACAGUGUUAAUGGUUCAGGGAGGUCUAGCAUUUAUUAUUUAGUGCGCAGCAGACGAUAUCAAUAUAUAUCUAGGAGCUCUUUUAGAGUAGAUUUUCGCGUCUUGAUCUUUCUUUGUUGUAUUAUGUUAGUGGCGUCAAAACGCAUGUACACGACCUUUUAAUGUGGUUCAAUGUCAGGAGUGAUGUCGCUGCACGGCGCGCGCCCCACCCGAAUACUCUAGCUCCACGUGCUAAAAAUGUUAUGAUUAUCCCGUAUCACACCGUGGAGUCGCAUGGGUUUGUACUGCAAUCUCUACAGAGACCCGCAUGUUGCGCAAGCUCCCUGUGGAGAUGCGCGCACCCUGCACAAAAUCCUACCGUGCCGUGCAGCUACACGUUUGUUUUUUCAUAAUUUAGCACCAUUGUGCACAUUUUUGAGUAUAGUGCAACCCCCUUAUAGUGCACAAUGGUUGCAAAAUAUAUAUAUACAUACUAUAUAUAUCUUAUAUGCGCUAUAUGCAGUUCAAUAUAUUUUCGUUGGCUGUAUAUAUGACCAUUAAGGUUAUGUAAGACUGUCUGCCCCAAGUUGCCGGUUUUGGUGACCGAAUGUGGUUUCAUAUACGUCAACAUUCCUCCUAUUCUUUCUGUGAAAGCUAUUUUACCGUAUUGUUGGGCAAAUGUAUGGGGGACCUACCGGGGGCACGCGCAAAGCGCUGAUACUAGCGCUGCACGUGCGUCUCAAGAUCGGUUCGUUGUUGCACUUUUCGCCACCCCCACGUGCAACACCACGUGCAAAGAGCGAGCCCCCGGUAUCCCCUAUUAUUCCUACACUUGAGGUGUUAUUAGUCGAACUUAUCGAGUCAAAAUUUAUGUUCUCUCUUAGUGUUUUAAGUCUUAGUUUUGAAAAUUGUUGUGCGAUUUCAUCCUAUGUUUAAGAUGCGUCGCAACAUUGUUGUUUUUAGUUUGUAUUAAGGUCUAUUAUUAAAACUGUUAAAUAGCGUGUCCAUUGCAAAAUUUUUACUUACUGUUGAAAUUGUUGUAAAAUUAUAUUUCUCCCGAAUUUUUAGUAGGUGGUUAUAUUAUAUCUCACCGAUCAGCAGUGGCAGUUAUUAGCUAACACCUCACUGUAUGUGAAUCCACAACGUUACUUAAAGUUACUAUCACAUACAAAUACUCCUCUCCGACCUUCACCUCUCACUCCCACACAGCUUUUGCAAAAUACCUCCAAAGUCUUUCAGACACCCUGACUGAUUUGUCACGAGAGCUCUGUGAAGGUCGAACCGGGGUAUGAUGUGAUGAAUUUCACACAUACAUACACAGCAGAAUUGCAAGUCGCGCGCGCACGCCAUGUUUAACGGGUGCAUGCGCACGUGUACAAUCUCUGUUUACACACAUACUUUGUUAACCUCUAUCUAGUUAUAUACUGUGGUUCUGCUCCAAGGUCUCACAUGUCUCACGUGUUUGAAGAGACCCCGCGGUUUAAUGAGCUUGUUUUGUGCUUUUUGUCGUUUUUAUUAGAUACAAGUGAUGAUGAGAUGAUAAGAAGAGAUCUUAAGAUAUAUAUAUGAUAGACAAUAUUAUGUUUAAUGAUGAUGAUGAUGAUCUCUAUAUUUUUUGGUUUUUUAAGAAUAGUAAUUCCAAUUUUAUCCUCUGUUUGAAGAGUUGAAAUAUGUUUGUCAGGGUGUACCUGGUCACCUGUCACGUGAUCAUCGUCCUGUGAUAGGAGAGUGUGGAUGUUGUGCAGUGAUCACACGUUAGGAUGCCAGCAGCUGUAUGUCGCAGAGUGUGACACAAAGAUCGCCUUAUCGUUGUGAUUUUGGUGAUCACAUUCUGUGUGAUUCAGUGUGCCCAUUCUGAUGUGUGAUUUUGCGAUACUACCAAACUGUAUACUCCCAUCAUCUUGCAAUGUUAUGUAGACCAAAGACAAGUCCGUUUCGGACAAAAUUUUAUGUAAUUCAAGCUCCCCCGAAAUUUCUGAGCUGGAAUAAUAUAUUCAUAGUCGCAACUCAUUUGUUGUGAAGGUAACUCCAGUUAAUAUUGAGCUAAUAGCAAGUCGAAUGUAACCGCUCCUUUCCCUGGUCCGUCCUCAUAAAGGACACAUAAAUUGCUCCUACAUAAACACCUUCAUUGCGUGUACCUUCCAUGUUCAAUGAGGUCCAAUUUACCCACAUCUUUAUUAUCUCGGGGGACAAUAAAUUCCCCGAAAAUAUACAAAACUUCGUGAAUAUUUGAAAUGGCGUAAUAUAAACCCCUCUCCGCGGGUAGGUAUGAGAUGCAAUAUUACUAAUAACCAAUUACCCAUAAUUAUUUCCAUUAUUUUGAAAUUAUAGUCGAGCGAAUAAGCCCUGUUGAUAGGUGUAGUGGGGUGAUGUUGGUUAUAAAGCGUAUACGAUAUGCAGUGAUGCUAAAAACGUGGCCGACUAAUUGCACCUAUUGUUUUGAAAUUUGAAUGAAUUCCAACGAUUUAAUUCGAACACUACUAUUCGAGCAAAGCCUUUGUGUUAAUUCCAUGUUCAAUAAGUGUUGUGUGAAAUCACACGCAUUUUAGUGAACUUAAUUUAAAAACUUCGUCAUAGCACGAAAAAUUUUAACAAUUUUGAACAAAAUCUUGAAAGUUUGAAGAAGAUGGUAACAGUUUGGUAGUCGCUGAAAGUCGAGUAUAUUCACUUUGAAGACGGAGUGAUAAUAUUGGCGGCGAGCCAGAUAUGAAGAUAUUUUAGAAUAGUAGAACAACCUUUAUAUACCAACUGUAAAAUCGUUUGUGAUUUAUUGGGCUUAAAAAGGGACAAUUUCCCACUUUUCGUGCGAAAAUAUUACGGCAUUUCAGGGAUUAUUUUAUCAAUGAUAGUUUCCGAGCACAUUUUGCACUGUUUGAGGUGUUUUUAAAACUGUUAAUUAUUUUGGUUUAACUAGUGCAUAACUUAUUAACGCUUUUUGGAAUUACGCGCGUUACAAAGGAGACUUGAGAGAGGCAACUGUAUCGUUUGACCCUGAUAUUACUUGGUAAAAUGUGAUUGGUCAUAAUUAAUCAUAAUUAAUUAUAAUUAAUUAUGAUGAUUACUUGGUAUUAUUAUGCUCAGUUCAUUGUAGUUGAACGUGAGAGCGGAGAGAGAUAAGAAGCUGUUUCAAGUUGUGUAUUUUAUGGUUUUAACCGAUAGAAGGCCCACAACCCUGCCUUGUACUAUCAUGAGCUGUCAUAUUGUGAACAUAUGAGCAUUUUCUUCUUUUUAAGAAUUGGUUAAUAUUGGGUCAUUAAUUUAUCACGACGUACCAUUAUUCGUUACAGAAUAUCGCCGUUAUUGAUGAUAACAAGAAAAGUUGGUAUCAGUCCAAAUAUUAUUUCGAUCAUGUGUAUCUAGCGUUAUAGCCCGUGUAAUCGUAAUGAUUAAUUAUUGAUUCUAGACAGGAAUGAACAGGACCACCCACCCACGUGAGCAUCCGCCCACGUGACAAACUACGUCACGUGGGCAAAAAAGUCACGUGACUGUUAAGUCACAUGACUUUUGUUUGAGUAAACUUCUCACGAGUUCAACCCUAAAUUUGGAUCGCUUUCGUUGCACUGUUUACGUUGAUGUUGAGUUCGUGGGCAGGGGGUUUGCUGACAGAUCAGAGUGGGUUGGUAGGUGGGCCUGGGUGGGCCUGGGUCUAAUAUAUGCUGUGUAUUAUCAACCUGACUCCACAACUUAUGUCUUAUCUUUGGGAACACUUUCUCUGUGUUGUUACACGGAGACGUUAGAUAUGGCAAACUUUCAUGUUAUACUUGACUUGGAUUGAGAUAAAACUUUUUAAAAGGUACUUGAAAUUUCGAAAUUCGAUUUCGUAAGGUCAGCAUCCUUACGGUAAAUUUAUCCAGGCAACACAUACUGAGCACGUUUUUGAAAAGUUAUUUAUGGGACAUAACCUCGUGACAAUGAGAAAAUGAGCUCAAAAUGAAAUUAUACCAAAAAUGAGUUCGAUCGCAAGCACUUCUUUAAAUGGGCUGAUUUAUGUUUGGACUCCAACUAAAAUUUGUAGAAAAAGAGAAGAAAAAAUUGCCAACAACUCAAAAUUUGAUGUACACGAGACCUGUACACGGCUUCAGAUCGCUCGUGAAAUUCUGUGGUUUUACAGAUUUAUGAUAAUGCAGUAUUCAUGCGAAUUUAGAACAUAAGCAACCGAUCUGGAAUUAGAUCUGUGUCUUGGUGUCUGGCCAAGACCACGACUAUUUCCAAUUCACACGGCAACUGAUUCUUAUUAAAUUAUCAAAAUUCCACCAGGAACUUUUAAGCACGCGAUUAAAAUCCAAACUUGUAAUAAUGUCGACGGUGCGGCGCGAGAGAAAGUGUUUCCCAGUAAGAUUGAAGAUAUUUUGCGUUUGUUUGGCAUUUAUAAAGUGCAGAGAGAGGACUACACGUGUGUGAUCAAGUGACUACACGUUCGUCUGGUGUCUGAAAAGAUUUUAGAGGUUGUUAUAAUGAGCGUGUUUGUUUAGUUAUUCUCUUCAAGAUUUGUUAUCCACUAUACUGAUCUAUA